AUGAACCCUGAGAUUCUUCAAAAUUCGCCCAACCCGGAGCGGGAGACGAUCUCUGAAGCCGAGGCUCUCCUAUCAAGAUUCUCCAGCCUUUCUGACAUCGAACAAGAUAGAGAACGGGCCACCUAUGUGUCCACAAUAUUCCCCCUGCUAUUCGGCAAGGAUUCCGUGGUCCAAGGGUCAAAUGGCUACGAAUCACAGCGCCAAGCCCCAUGGUCGACCAAUUGCUGGCUCCAACCUUGUGUCAUUGUCAGUCCUGGGUCAGCACAGCAAGUUGCAACGGCUCUGGCAUUGUGUCGCUUCUUCAAUGUGAAGUUCUCCAUCAGGAGCGGAGGUCAUCUGCAAAACCCGGGAUUUACUAGCAACCAUGGGGGUGUGGUUAUAUCGCUAAGCGCUCUUAAGCAAUUAGAGCUGUCUAAGGAUAAAUCUACGGUAGGUCUCGGGCCAGGCCUAAGGUGGUUGGAUGUAUACGGUGAUCUUGAUGCGCACGGGGUGACUGUGACCGGUGGUCGGGUCACUACGGUAGGCGUGUCUGGUCUGUUACUCGGAGGGGGAAUUUCCUUCCACAGCCAUCAGUAUGGAGUCAGUGCAAUGGGUAUCUGUAACUACGAGGUGAAUUCCCUCCGUUCGCGAAGUAGGUAUACUCGAGUCACGGCUAACCAUAACUUGUUCUGGGCUCUGAAAGGUGGUGGGCCCAACUUCGGGGUCGUAACCAAGUUCGAUAUGAUGACCAUCCCAAGCAAGCACUGGUCUGAGGUCCGAGUCUACCCAAUCACAGCAACCGAUCAGAUCCUCGAAGCCAUGAUGCAGUAUCACGCCGCAAUCGAAGCUGACGAUAAGUCUUCCCUAAUCUAUAAUGCUACUCACGAGGUUAUCCUACUCGUCUUUUUCUACGGCGAACCUGUCGAGCAUCCCCCUAUUUUCCAGCCCUUCUACAAUAUACCCCACGUCGCCACAUUCGUGGCCCCAGGUAUCCGGACCGUCUAUGAUCUCAUGAAUGCAGUAGAUUCAGUGCAAGAAGCAGGACCUGCACUUCACGAUUUCCGGACUAUGGCCAGCCUCCCUAGUCUAGAGGUAUACAGGGCUAUUGAAAAAACACACGCUGAGCAGGUCGAUGUUCUUAAGGACGUCGAGGGUCUUACCUUGACAACCGUCAUCCAACCAAUGUCCUCUUCAGCUAUGAAAGCGACCCUCAAAAGUCCCCUAGGCUUGUCGUCUGUUGGACAACAGUGGUUCCUUGUGAGGGCCGACUGGAAGAAUGCGAAAGACGAGGAGCGUGUUCGAGAGGCAGUGCGCAAGAUCGUCGAUGUGGCGGAAUCAGAGGCGAAGCAAGCCGGAGUGCAUCUUCCUUACCUUUAUUCAAACUAUGCUUCGCGCGACCAGGAUCCCCUGGCAAGUUAUGGGGUGGAGAAUGCUAAGCGGUUAAAAGAAAUUGCUCUAAAAUGGCGUAUUCCAGAAGUUGCAAAAUGGGGGGUGGUUGCUUUCCAGUAUGGGGUUGGAGGCGUGCGAGUUAAUGAGUAUCUGACGCAGAGCGUCCUACUAGAGAUGCCCUAUAGUAAAGAUAUUCAUUCGGCAAUGCAUGGCAAAGCUCGACACCAGUGUUGGUAA